AUGAAAUUGACUACUUGUAGCUUAUCUACAAACUCCAUAUCUCCAUUGUUGUACAGAAACUCAAAAUCAGCUUCAAUAAUCAAAUGGGUUCCUCAAUUUCAGCCUAUUCGGGUCAAAUUCCGGGUCGAUCUGUCAAACGGGCCGGCUCGGUUCUCUCAUUCAUCGGUUCGUGCUUCAUCGCCGGCGAUUCAAUCGGACGUUGAUUCAAAAUUACAAAUUGUAGAGGAAAAUAUAGAGAAGGUGAUUUAUAGCUGUCGUUUUUUUGCUAUUCUUGCAGUUUGGGGUUCGUUAAUUGGAUCAUUUCUUUGUUUUAUCAAGGGUUGCACUUAUGUAACAGCAUCAUUCCAAGAAUAUUUUCGAAGUCGAGCAAACGUCAUUUUGUUGCUUGUUGAGGCUAUAGAUAUAUAUCUCUUAGGCACAGUGAUGUUAGUCUUUGGCAUGGGUCUCUAUGAGCUCUUCAUCAGCAACCUUGACAAGUUAAAAUCAACGUCGGAGGAAAAUUCUCCGUAUCAAUCAAAUUUGUUCGGGAUGUUCACUCUAAAGGAACGACCAAGAUGGUUGGAGAUAAAAACUAUUAGCGGAAUGAAGACUAAAGUUGGUCAUGUUAUCGUGAUGCUUCUUCUCAUCGGUCUGUUCGAAAAGAGUAAGAAGGCUGUUAUAAACACACCAUUAGAUCUCCUUUGCUUCUCAGCUUCAGUGUUGCUAUGCUCUGGCUGCCUAUAUUUACUUUCAAGACUCACUGAGGAGCAUUGAUCAUUUUUUUCUGUUUUGUAAUUUGUAUAAUCCAAACUGUUUUAAGUCUCUGUGCAUUGCUACACCUCUCCGAAAAUGAUAUCGUACUCGUGUCAAAUGUACUACUGUUAGAGGA